AUGGAACAUCAUCAACGUUUAUUAUGUUCGUCAUCAUCAGCGUAUUCACCUCGACAAGAUUGGCAUCAACAUCCAACAUAUUUUCCUCCAUCACCACCUACAACAAAUCAUCAUCAGCAUUAUCGUAAUAAUAAUUCUUGGAUUCGACCAUCAUCAUCAACAUUAACAAAAGUCACUCCGAAUAGUGACGAUAAUUCAAAUUAUUAUCAUUCUUGGUUACAUACUUUACAAACACCAUCAUCACCUGUUCUAAAUUCAACUAAUCGUCAACGUUAUACACCAAGAUUUGCAUCUAUUAAAUCUCAUUCACCAAAUUAUUAUCCAUUAAUGCAAGCCAAUUUACAAAAAGAUACAACAUUGACAAAAAUAUUUGUCGGAGGUUUACCUUAUCAUACAACUGAUGAAACAUUACGAGCAUUUUUUUCAAAAUUUGGUGAUAUUGAAGAAGCUGUUGUUAUCAAUGAUCGUAGUACAGGAAAAUCACGUGGAUAUGGAUUUGUAACAAUGGUACGAAAAGAGGAUGCAGACGAAGCUGUUAAAGAUGGAAAUCCAACUAUUGAUGGACGUCGUGCUAAUGUUAAUUUAGCUUAUAUGGGUGCAAAAAAUCGUGCAACAACAGUACCACUUGGUUACAGUUUAGUGGCUCGCAUGCCUACGUAUCAAUCAACAGCAACUGCUUAUCCGUCAAAUCUUAUUUAUUAUCCAUUAGCACAACAACCAACUCUUCAACAACCAAUUUAUUUAACACCAACUAAUGGUGGUACAGGAACAACAUGGCCAUCAAAUCUACUUUCACAUGUUAAUCUUGCAAAUUUAUCAACAACAUCAGCUACAAAUGUUGGAACAACAUUAAAUCCUGGUACAUCAUCUCCACAAACAGUUUAUGAAGUUUCACCUGCUUUAUUGGAAGCAGCUGGUAUUACAUCACCAUCACCAACCAUUGCUGGUACUGCACAAUCAGCUGGACAACAAUUAUAUUGGCCAGGUUAUACUUAA